AUGGCGACCGGUGGCUACCGGACCGGCGGCGGCGGCGGCAGCACCACAGACUUCCUGGAGGAGUGGAAGGCGAAGCGCGAGAAGAUGCGCGCCAAGCAGAAUCCCGCGGGCCCGGCCGCCCCCGCCGGGGGCACCGGCGACGCGGCUGGGAAGCUCCCGCCGGGGGCCCUAGGCACCUCGGCCGCCGCCGCGGCAGCCAACGAGCUAUCCCCGCGGCGGCCGGAGGACGAGUCCCCCCCCAGCGCCGCCGCCACUUCGGGGGCAGCGCCCGCCCGGAGCGGCGAGGAGGAGCGGGACUGCGCCCCGGAGAAGGGCAAGAGCUCGGGCCCCAGCGCCAGGAAAGGCAAGGGACAGAUCGAGAAGAGGAAGCUGCGGGAGAAGCGGCGAUCCACCGGCGUGGUCAACAUCCCCGCCGCAGAGUGCUUAGAUGAGUAUGAAGAUGACGAAGCUGGGCAGAAAGAGCGGAAACGAGAAGAUGCGAUCACACAGCAGAACACAGUACAGAACGAGGCUGUGAGCUUGUUAGAUCCAGGAAGUGCUUACCUGCUACAAGAGCCCUCUAGAACAGUUUCAGGCAGAUACAAAAGCACAACCACUGCCUCUGAAGAAGAUGUCUCAAGUAGAUUUCCCCGAACAGAUAGAAGUGGAUUCAGCAGGUAUAACAGGGAUGCAAAUGCUUCAGGUAAUUUGGUCUCAAGUAGCACAUUGGAAAAGAAAAUUGAAGAUCUUGAAAAGGAGGUGGUAAGAGAGAGGCAAGAAAACUUAAGACUUGUGAGAUUAAUGCAAGAUAAAGAGGAAAUAAUUGGAAAACUCAAAGAAGAAAUUGAUUUGUUAAAUAGAGACCUAGAUGACAUAGAAGAUGAAAAUGAACAACUAAAGCAGGAGAAUAAAACUCUUUUGAAGGUUGUUGGGCAGCUAACAAGGUAGAAGAUUCAAGGCUCAGUGUGGAAAAAUAUUUUAAAACUACUGAAUGUUAUGGUUAAUGCUAGGACAAUAUUCCUAUGCUGUAAUGCAUUAAACUAACUAUGUAUAUUUAUUUCUAGAAAACAGUGGGUGUUUCUUUUCAAAAUAUUUCUUUUUCAUUAUCAUUUUAAAAAAGUAUCAACCUUUUACUCCAUGAAUAAGUAACAUCUUUUAGUUACUAAACUGGUAGGUUAGGCCUCUUGGUUUUGUGUUAUAUUCAAAUAAUAUAUGGUUUAAAGUCACAACCAUCUGAAUAUAUUGCAUGUAUGAUAGUAUGUUUUCUCCCUUAAAGAAUAUACUUAAUCUUUGUUUACAUGAAUUCAGAUACUUUUGGGGGAAUUACCUGCAAAUGCCUUAUUACUGAUGUGUGCAACUUUUUAUAUGUUAAUGAUAUUUCAUAAAGGUCUUUGUCUACUGUCAUUUUUUUUCUCAGCUUAUUCUAAUCAAGUUAGAAGAACAUAGUCACACUUUUUGUAACAGUCAUCUUUAAAAAGGAAAGCUAAAAAAGUCACUUAAUAUCGUGUACUAGUUGGCUAAAUAUAAAAUAUGAGAAUACUUGAAUUGUGCUAUAUAUAAUAAAUUAAAAUGUACUAUUUUGUAUUCAGAUAUUGAAAAAAAAUUUAAAUCACUUUGACUUUGGAAAAACAUACAGUUGUAAUUUUAAUGUGUAAUUUCUUAUGUAGGUACUGCUUUUUUUAUUAUUAUUCCAAGGUUUAUAAGUGAACAUGGAGUAUUUUAAAAGUUGUUUAUUCAUCAAGCCUAGACAGUAUGUAUAAUUUCAGUGACUGUAUAAGAAAAACAAUUCAUAUUUUUAACUACAUGUAUUAAAAUCAAACAAAAAUACUUAUCCACAUUUAAAAGAUUUAUAUUUACAGUAACAAAGCAGUGCAUAAACAGAAAUAGUACUGAAAUACUUUGCUUAAUUUCUGACUUGGCAGAUAACACUGUGACACAGCUGUUCUCAUAUGAGAAAAUUAUUCCCCUACCUCAAAUUUAAGGAAUUUUCCUCUUAACUUUGGAUUUUUAAAAACAAUUACUUUGAAGAAUUAGGAAAAUUUUCUUUCAUUAAAUAAUAAUAGUAUUUAGACUUGUUUUAUGUUACAUUUUCAUGUUGAGUAAAGAAAUUUUCUCCUUUAAGAUACAUUAAGAAUGGUCUGUCUGAUGUUGAAUCUCUAAUAGUAUACCAGUUAAUGUAUGUAAAUAGCUUGAACAUAGUAAAAUCCAUUUUGGGUACCUACCGACUCAUCACUUGCUGAGUCACUUCAUGAUUCACUGUUAGAAAAUAGGGAGGGAAAUUGCAGAGUAAAUGGUAAAUAUCAGAUGCUGAAUUCUGAAGCUCUUCCAAUAGCCUGGCUUGUACCCUCUCACCUGCCACACUCCUUCACUUCAGAGGUUCAGUUUUCAGUAAUCAUCAGAGUCACCUGGUUGCUUAAAAGGGGUCCCUGAGUUACCACUUCCAGGUAGGGUUAGGUUGAGACCUUAGAUAGAGUAAGCUCAGCACGUGGUGAUUCUGGUCGUAAUUUCAAUUUGGAAACAGCGCCUCGUGCCUCUUUCCUCCCAUAUCUUCUGUUGGAAUCACUGAAAUUAACAUAAUUUUAGCUAUCAGCAUUAUUUCACCCUUUAGUUUAUUUAAUCAUUAACUUUGUCUCUGGGAAACUUCUCAUAUGUCCAUAUAUGUAUAUAUAUUUACCAAAAAGUUCAGUGAUAGAUUACCAAACUUGGUAUAGUUGUAGAAUUACUGCAUAAGGGCAUCCUUUUUGGAGACUGUUCCCAGCAUGGGAGUAGUGGUUUGCUGCCCACUUGUCAAAGUGGCAUGCCAGGCUCAGUCACUGGCUUUGGCUGUCCUCAUCUCCCCUUUCUUUACCCUUGAAUGUAUGGCAGAAAUAUCAGUAUUGCCUUGUUUCCCAUCGUAGUUUAUAUAUUGUGAAAAUGGUGUCAGUAUCCAGCCUUAAAAUAUAUUAGUGUACUCAUUUUCCAAAUAAGAGAAGUAUUUUGAAUUUUCUGUUUAAUCCAUUGGGAAGUAAAGAAAUACCUCAUUUCCCUUUUUAAAUUUAUACCAGGUAUUAAUGCUUUUAAAGACAAGGCCGUUUUAAAAUUUUUCCUUUAUUUUGGUUUAUCAGGAACGUUUCCAACAAUGAUCUUUUACAUAGUGGUAUGUAGUACAAAUGCAGGAUGGAGCCUGACACCUUUGGCAAAGCAGUUCAUGUGCCGUCCUCCUUCCAUGCUUAAAAUGUAAAUUUAUGUCACAUACAGGUUUUUACACUGAAUAUUGAAAAGCAAAGUAGGAUCUGCUACAGUUUUCCUUUAAAUUUUAUAAAAAGCAUUGAGAUUUUUAAAAGGUUACUUAAAUGUACACUAUCUUAAAAUACUUGACUUGUCAAUAAAGUGUUAGUAUUUGUGAAAUUAAUAGUCCCAUUCAGAAAUAUUUCUUAUAUUUCCUGAAAAUUUAUGGCAUAAUAAAGCAUAUCCAGUUUAUAUGUUUAUGAUACUAUUUUCCAAACAAUAAGUUUAUUAUAUUUAGGAUAAACAUGACUUGCUUCCUUGAUUUCUGGCAUAUAUUAACUUGUGAAUUAGUAAAGUAAUCUGUUUCAUCUUUCUAAAAUUGUUACUGAUUUUGUUGCACUACAGUUACCUUUAGAGAGGAAGAGGAAGGCUUUCUGGUGUGUAUUUCUAAGGGAAUUUACUAAAUGUUGUAAAUAGCUUGUCAAACCUGCUCAAGUAGUGUAGCUUCUCAUACUUGCUCAAGUAGUUUGUAACAUAGAAAAUUAAGCAUCAGUAGAUACCUGAAGCAGUGGAUCUUUUAAAAUAACUUUUUAAUUCCAUUAGAAAGCAGUGUAUUCCUAAAGGUGAAAAUCCUACCUCAAUUAACACGUGGCUUAUAUUUUCUGGAUUAAUCUGGAUUUUUAUAAUUAGAAACUAAGAUGCAAGUUUUUAAGUCCACUUAUACUUUGUGGAAAACAAUGAAAGUCAAUGUAGUAGAAUGUCCACAUGUUCAAUACUGAAAGACACAGUAGGAUGGACCUUGGGUUUGAUGGUUAAUUGGAUGUCCUAGACAAUAUUGAUAUGUAUAAUGAUGACUAUGUAUAUGUACAUCUUAUAUGUAUAAGAUGACUAUCUUUCACAUUUUUGUAAUUCUUUAAUCUUGACUCAGUACCUAGUAAGUUCAUGCAGUAUUGGCACUUAUUUAAUAACUACUCAUAAUGUUGUUAAUAACCUGUUAUAAGAUUCAGGCAUAUGUUUUCAUCUUGCAACACAAAAAAAGACAAACACACCAGCUUUUCAUUGAGGAGAAUUUACUAAGUGAGGAGGAACUAGCAUUUGGGAAUUAGAACUUUAAGAUAACAUGCUAAAGUCAGUGGUAAAUGUUGUUAUAUCUAAACCAUCCCUAAUAUGUAACAGUAAACUUUCUUUUGCACUGGAACUGUGCUCUCAUAAAUAAAGGACUUCCCACUGAUAAGGAUUGUAACUAGUAUUACUUACCUGAGAACUAGUGACACUUUUCUUUUGUUGUUUCAAUGAACUGAAGACAUAGUACUAGUUAGAUAGCAAAUAUUUUGCUAAUCAAAUCCAUCAACAAAGGCACUUCCCCCCAUGCUGUUGGUUUCCUCACUGAUGUGUAGAAGUUGGUCAUUUGAUUCUCAGUGUAGGCUUGAAUCAUUGCCCAAGAAAACCUGAGCCCGUGUUGUUUUUUUAGUUUACUUAGCUAGAAUCUCACAGCAUAUUAAGGUCAUAUCCCCACUCCCACCCCUAAAUAAUUACGUUUGAAUAUGUGAAAAAGGUAUGGUUAGGGGAGUAUGUUAAAUUUGCAUACUUACUCUUUUAGCAAGUAUUUAUUAAUCAACUGGGUAUACAAUUCUAGAUAUUACAGAAGUUUCAAAACAGUGGACUUGGACCAGCACUUAUAUCUAGCAGUGUAUAAUCUGUGAUGGUAUAUAAGUAGCAUUAGCUGGUCUAAUCUGAAUAGUUCAUUCAAAAGUAUUCCUUUUAUAUUAAUUAUCCAGCCAUUGUAUUUUAGUUCUGGAUAAUAGGUACUGUUUAAUUUGCUGCAGCAUUUACUGAAUGGUGGAAAAACCUGAACAUACUGGGGAAGUAUCUUUCCAUGUUUCUUUCAGAUAAUUAUAUAUUAUGAAAAGAACAUUUUAAUGCAUUUGGAGCAGUAAUGAAGUAAAAAGAAUUCAAAGUAUGUCAGAUACACCCAACUGUUGAUGCUAUUCAGAUGUGAUUUUAUGCUAGUUUUUUUGUAUACAUUAUUGAUUACUGAUUUGUUUUUAGGUAUUUAAGUCUAAUAAACAGUUCACAUAUUGGCAGUCACUUUGGUAAUAAUGGAAUAUUAGUGAUGAUCACUUGAUGGACAUUUAUUACAUGCUUGUUUUGUUUCCCCUUCUGGAUACCUGAUAGAUGUAUAUUACUUUUUUUUUUUUUCUGGUGAACUUGUUUCUUGAAAGUUUUGACUAUGCUAUUCAGGGUGUUAUGCUUUUCUUUUAAAUUUAAGUCUAAGAUGUCUGCUGUUACUAGUAAAGACCAUAUGAAAGCUAAAAUUUACUGUUUUGUUGAAAAAGUCAGCUAAUUCAGCUAAUCCAAUUAUUUGUAGAGAAACAUCUGAUAAUUUAUUGAUCACUUUAGUAUUGUGUAGACAACUCUCAUAAUUCUCAUUGCAUAGGUUUUUACUGGGGUAGUCAACAUGAUAAAGAUUCACUUCUAAUAUGCUUUGCAUGUAAAAUAACAAAUAUUCAAUAAAAAAGUAAAUUUUCAUUUAAUUUUUAACACUGGUUAAUUUUUUCUUCCUUCCUCUACCAUCAGUAAAACCCUGACCUUGAGUUUUAUUUUCAAAGUUAAAGGACAGUGCUAAUAUUCGAAUUAACUUUUGUGUCUCUUACUGAAAGAAUAUGCAAUACUUUAAAAUCUUUAGAAUAUAAUUGUAGAAGGAAUUGUGUUUUAAAAAACAAAAAUAUAGUAUUAAUAAAUCUGAAUACAUUUGUGGUGGGGCUUUUUGAAAUAGGAAGUGUACACAUAAUUGUCUUUGUGUUUUGAAGCUACACAAAUAAUUUCUUAAUCCAAACUUGGAUCUAUCAUCCACUAAGUCGGAUGGUGGUCAAAGAAUUUCAGGUCCCUUAUAGUUAGAAAAGAUAAGUAGAGAUCUAGGAAUGUAAAAAUCCAGUCUGUUUUUUAUAGUAAAUGGUUUAUAGAACCUUUUGCCUAAUGUGUCAUUCUUCAUACACCUUCCCAGGCUAAUCAGUCUUCUUCUAAAACUGUAGAUUAAUCUUCUCAGUAAUGUCAUACAUGUCUAACAAGUGAAGAAGCAUCUUUCAGUCAGGUUGUUUUGAUAAUGUCUCAAGUCCUUAUGUAAGAAUGUACUCUAUUAGCAAGCUUAUUAAAAGAAUUUUGCAAAAUCUCCUAUCUGCACUGGAACUGGAGCCCUUUAUCUUCAUCAAAUCCCCUCCCCCCCCCAUCUAGAUUCACUCAGUGGGUGCACACAAUUCUAUGAGUAGCUUUAAACUACCUACAUAAUAUUUUAAUCUCAUGCCUCUAGUGUUUUCUUCCCACUUACACAAGCGGUCACAUUUUAUUCCUGGUCAGCUUCUUGGAAAGAAUUAUGUAAUAUUAGACCUUUAUGUUAAAGAAAUAAAACUAGUUAUAAUACCCUUUACAAUCUCCCUCCCCCUUUUUUGGAUGUCUAACCAUGUAAGGCUAAAAAGAAAGCAAAAUUUAUCUCUUAAUUCUGGACCAAAUGCACAAUUCAACUGUCACUUUCAAAAAACUGCUGUGACUGAAUAAAGAUGCUUUGAGAAAGCUACUUGGUGUCAGUUAGUUGAGUGAUAUGAAAAAGAAAUGAAUAUGACCCAGUUAGGAAAGGUAGAUUUAAAUCACUAAAGAAAAUUAUGCCAGUAAUUUUCAUGUUAACUGUAUUCUGUGUUGAAAUAUGCAGAAUUACUCAGUGUAAAUUAUAGUCAAUCCAUAUAUGAUCAGCUGCUGUACAUGUUUAGAUAUACUGUGGGACAUGAAAUUUACAGUGUUUGUAUGACCAUACAGGCUUUUAUCCAGGGAAGUAUUUGUGUUUCUUUAAAAUGUAAACUAUUAUUAUUUUCUAUGAUUAAACAAAGGUAAAUGAUGUCAUCCGUGGACAUUUUAGCUUUUGGAAGCAAAUUUUUAAGAAAAAUAGUAGAAAGGUGUCUGAUUCCUUUUAUUAUUCUUGUAGUGCAGAAAUAUAAAUAAAGAUAUCAGUCAGAGGCAUAGGAAAGUUCAUUUGAAGAACCUGCAAGUCACUUUUGGUAAGAGUACAUUCAUCUUAUACAGUGUUCAGAAAAGUGGGAAAAUUAUAGCCUUUUGUAGCAGAUUGAAAGUUUCAUGUAUGAAUAGUUCGGGACAGUAAACAUCACUAACUUGAAGUAAAAUUAUCCCAGUAAUUUUCACAUUAACCAUAUUUAUUAUUUGAAGUAAAUUGGUUAAUCAGUGAAAAUUGUAAUUGAAUGAAUGGACAUUUCAGAAUGCUAAUUAAUGAUCAAUAGAAGCCUCUUGUAACUCCUUUGAGAGCAAUAUAUCUUCAGUUUGAUUAAGCAGAGUAACUCAGUUAACAAUUUGAACAUAACUUUAAUUUCGUAUAGGGCUUCCUGAGUGGCUCAGUGGUAAAGAAUCUGCCUGCCAUUGCAGGAGUCUUGGGUUCAAUCCCUAUGUCAGGAAGAUCCCCUGGAAAAGGAAAUGGCAACCCACUCCAGUAUUCUUGCCUGGAGAAUUCCAUGGACAGAGAAACCCCGCAGGCUACAGUCCAUGGGAUGGCAAAAGGGUCAGUCACAACCUCUAGUGCCUUAACAAUUUCAUAUAUCGUGAAAACAUUCGGUAGUUAGUAACUCGGUAGCCAUAUAUGCCAGGCAUUGUGUUCAGUGCUGUAAGUAUUUAUUUGAUUCCUUAAACUUAUGCAAGAAAGAGAUUGGGAGAUUAAUUUGCUCACGGUGACAAAGCAGUGUUUUAUACCUUUUGCUAUGACAUACUUUUAUGACAUAAUCACUGUCCUAUUAAAUAUUUUCCCAGUGGUUCUCAGAGUCUGGUCCCCACACUGGUAUCCUUGGCUUCACUUAGAAGCCUGUUAGAAUACAAAUUCUUGGGCCCCACCCAACAACAGAAUGAGGUGAGGCCCAACAAUCUGUUUUAACAAGCCCUUCAAAUGAUUCUGAUGCAGGUCAAAGCUUGCAAAUUUGCAUUAUGCAUUUCUAUUUUUAAGCAAAGAUCUUGGUUGGUCUUUUGUCUUUGGACAUUGUAUAAGUAAUAUAACAAGAACUUGUUUUUUAAAAAAGUGAUCUUUUCAGUGUUGCUUAUGUUGCAAAAGAUUGUAUCAGGAAAAGCCUCAGCAUGGAUACUGGCAGCUUGACAUAAACCUAUUAGUUUUGUAUUAUCUCUGGAACUCAAAUGAAUUCUUAAGUCCAAGACUCUGUGGAAUGAAAUCUUUGUUUUUCUGUGUUAAGGUCGAUCUCUUAUUGCCUGAAACUUUUUGGUAUCAGAAAUGCAUUUCUGUUAAACUUUAAACCUUAAUGGGAGCAAAUAAAUGUAUGUUUCAUCAGAA